AUGUUAGUUGUUUGGUCAUGGUUGUUCUAUUUACUUGGGAUCAAGUGUGAUGAAGAUAAGGAGUAUAAACGAAUCAAGGCUAAAUAUGAUAGAUUGAAGAAUGCUAAAACAAUGAAACCCCCCAAAAAAUAUCUAGAGAAUCUGUUGUUAUUUCCUGAUGUUACGUGGGGUAAUGGUAAAACAAAAGUUAAGAUGGUAUGCAUAGAGAAUGGUGAUAGUUGUACACGCAGUGAAUACUUUAUACUUUAUGAUGCUAAUACAUCGAGAGAUGAGAUACAUCACAGUAUUGUUGAUUUAGUGACAAACUGCAACCCGAAUGAAAAAGAGUCCAAGAACAACAUGAUGGACUCUUACAUGAACGAUAAGGUAACUGAAGAUGAUUUAAGGGCAACAAUAAAAGAACUAAAAAAGAAAGCAGAAAUAUCAAAGGCAGAGGGUUAUUUCUUGAAGCAUUUACUAUGUGAAGAAAUAAUAAAGGAAAUAACCAAAAUGGGAAGUGAUUGCAAGUUAAAAGGUGAAGAAAAGUUAGAAAAACUGAAAAAGCAUGUCCUGCAAAUGCCAUGCGCAUUAAAAUUUGAAUGUGGAAAAGGUGUGAACGUUGCCACUGCUUACGAAUAUUUUGUAUUUACAAUCGGAGAUAAACGGAUGAAGUCCGAAAUAAUUAAGGUAAAAAGAAUAAACAGUGAAGAACAAACAAUACAAGACCUGGAAGAAUAUGUGACAGAAAGAGCCAAAGAAACAACAGGUGUAAUGAAAGAAGAAUUAAAGAGCGGUUCAACUCAGAAAGAAGAAACAAAUGUGGAAGAAUCAAAGCAGGACUCCACAGAACAAGACACAGCCAAAAAAGACCCUACAAAGCAAGUCACAGUAAAAAAAGAGGAACCAAAGAAAACCAAAAUAAUACUGAUUGUUGUGUCGGUUAUUGUGGGGAUUAUGAUAAUAUUAACAGUGGUAGUAAUAUUAUUGAGGAAAAGAUAG